CAUAAAUAAUAAAAUUUCGAUCAGGGUCGGAGUUUAUUCGCGUAACUUUCCCACUUUCGCUUCCUCUUCGUAUGUGGCAGGUCUUUUUUGUAAGGAACUCGUCGUAAGAUGAUGUCAAACUGAACUGACAAGGUAAAAAAAGCGACUGAAUGCCAAUGGCCUCGAGCGAAGAGAAAAUACCUCUGGUUCAGGGAUCAAGUGACAAGCUAGAAAAUGGCCAAAGCAAUCAAACUACGACAUCAAACGCUUCGACUCACAUCGGUCAAGGAGAUAACAAUUUACACAGUGGCGGCGGACAAGACGAAGAAUUUUCAUACGACUACACAAGUGAAAGCGCCAGCCCAGCUGCACCUACAACAGAGAAACGGCAACAUCUGGAGGAUGCCACAACUAACAUGCAGACUUUGAUGCAUCUUUGGAGGGGAAACGUUGGAACGGGUAUUCUGGGAUUACCUGAGGCAAUGAUGCAUGCUGGGAUUGUGAUGGGUCCAUUGGCAUUGUUGGUAGUUGCAGGGAUUACAAUCCAUUGUAUGCAUCUAUUGGUCAAAUGUAGUAAUAUUUUGUCUCUAAGAACUGGAGUAAUUUCGUUAGGUUACGGAGAAGUUGCGGAGGAAAGCAUCAGACGUCAUUUUCCAAAGAAAGCUCAUCUUGGCAGACACCUUGUAAACUUUUUCCUAUGUAUGUCACAGCUGGGUUUCUGCAGUGUGUAUUUUGUGUUUAUUGCUAAUAAUCUUCAACAGGUCUCCAACGCUCUUGACGUCCAAUCGUGGAUGGCAAUUAUGCUUAUCCCUGUAAUCCUCUUGUCCUUCAUCCGGGAUCUUCGUACCCUGGCUCCGCUCUCGAUGAUCGCUAACAUCUGCUGUGGCAUUUCUUUAGUAAUCAUAUUCCAGUACCUCAUCAGAAAUAUCCAGCAUACGGAGAAACUUCCAGGUUUUGCAGGAUGGUCGAACUUUCCUGUGUUCUUUGGAAUCGCUUUGUAUGCCUUUGAGGGAAUCGGCGUGGUUCUGCCGAUUGAAAACAAGAUGGCAACCCCUCAGGAUUAUCGUUUGGUUCUCAACUUUGGUAUGGGAGUCGUCACAUUGCUGUUCUCGCUACUGGGAAUUCUGGGAUACCUCUUUUGUCAAGACGAAUGUAGAGGCAGCAUAACACUGAAUCUUCCGAAUGAAGGAAUAUACACAGGAGUAAAGUUACUGUUUUCCACCUGUAUAUUUCUGACGUAUUUUAUUCAGUUCUACGUACCGAUGUUGAUUAUCCAGCCCCCGAUCCUGAGACAUGUACCUGAGGAGUAUCAAACAUGGGCUGACUACGGAAUGAGAGCAGCAACAGUUAUUUUAACAUGCAUCAUGGCAGUCAGCGUACCUCAACUGGAUAAUUUCAUCGCAUUGGUCGGCUCCGUUGGUUGCACAGCUCUGGCCAUUAUCUUCCCAAUAUUUAUUCAUGUCUUGACUUUAGCUUCAGAGGGCGACGGACGAAUUCCAACAUCUAUCUUUCUAAAGGAUGGAGUUAUCAUGGUAGCAGGCAUACUUAUGCUUGUGUUUGGCACUUACACUUCCAUAGCACGUAUCAUCGAACGAUACGAACAUGGACAAAACUAGUCAUCGAAACGGCGUCUAGGCUCGAUUUCCACCGUUUACUCGGGUCCGAUCUUUGACCCUCCCGACAAGGGAGGGGAGGGGGGGGGGGAAACGGGGCAGAGGUGAGCGCAGGCUUAUUUCUCGAGCAGCGGCAUGUAAUCGAGCCUAAUCGUCAAUGGGUAACAAAUUCGGAGGCUAACUUCUUAAAAACAGCUGUGCGGGUUAUACUUCGAUUAUUUCGUAAGUAUUGAUAUGAAGCUAAGACUGCAUGUAUGGACAUGGCCUAUAUUAAGGGUUCUUGUCUCUGCAUUACGGAAAGCAUGAUAGAUGGCUCACGGAGGAUUAAUCGUCGAUCGUCACCCAUUUCAGUUUUGGCAGUGUAUGAAAGGAAAACGUGGUGGUGGUCUGUCACGCCCGACAAGAGUGGGGAGGGGAUGACUUAAUAACCUCUUGGCCCAGGUUUAAACAGCGGUGCACAUAAUUUCAAUUCAUGGGAUACGUGGAAGAAGUGCCCACACUUUAAAACAGUGUGAGAUUGGAAACGGAGAUGUCGAUCGUAAUGUUAAAAAAAAUUGAAUUUAGGAAAAAAUAAAGAUAGAGAACUGUGA